AAAAUAAGUCAUAAAAACUAAAAUCAACGCUUCCCGUCCAGUCAAAAGCAGAGCCAGAUCUCUGCAUCUGCUGAAAUUGGAGAAAUCCCCGAGAGAGGGAGAGAGAGAGAGAGAUCUGUGUAGGGUUCCACGGUUGUGAAGAAAAGAUGUUUUUGCUAGAUUGGUUCUAUGGCGUUUUGGCGUCGCUAGGUCUGUGGCAGAAAGAAGCCAAGAUCCUUUUCCUCGGCCUCGACAAUGCCGGCAAGACCACUCUUCUUCACAUGCUCAAGGACGAGAGAUUAGUUCAGCACCAGCCCACUCAGUAUCCUACAUCCGAGGAGUUGAGUAUUGGCAAAAUCAAGUUCAAAGCUUUUGACUUGGGAGGCCAUCAGAUCGCUCGCAGAGUCUGGAAAGACUACUAUGCCAAGGUUGAUGCUGUAGUUUACUUGGUGGAUGCAUUUGACAAAGAACGUUUUGCAGAAUCUAAGAAGGAAUUAGAUGCACUACUCUCUGACGAGGCCCUUGCCAGUGUUCCCUUCCUCAUAUUAGGAAACAAGAUAGACAUACCCUAUGCUGCCUCAGAAGACGAGCUGCGUUACCACCUUGGCCUGACUGGUAUUACCACUGGCAAGGGAAAGGUGAACCUCGCAGAUUCUAGUGUCCGGCCUAUAGAGGUAUUUAUGUGCAGUAUUGUUCGCAAAAUGGGGUAUGGCGAUGGCUUUAAGUGGGUGUCUCAAUAUAUAAAGUAGAUGUAUGAACAUCAUAUCCAUGGGAGGAUAACUGAUAAGAGUAAAGACGGAUACCGAUACCCCGUCUUUAUCAGCUCCUGUCUUUCAUCUUUCUUCUCUCCAUCACAGUUGUUGUUAUUGUUGUUAGGGUUUAUUCUUCUUGACUUAAAUUGUUAUAAUUGGGUUUGGGUGGGGCACCAAAAUAUUUGUUAAUUUCUUAUUGAAGUAUUUAGCUUUUGUAAAACUUGAAUUGGAACUUUACUGUUUUAUGGUUUCAGUUAGUGUAA